UUCAUGGGCAGACUGAUGGGAAGCCCUCGGGGAGCUGUAUAGCAAGCGUAGAUAUCCAGCCCAUACUCUUCAGCAAUUGGCUCGCUAGUUCUCGGUUACGUAAGACCGUUACAGUGCUGAGUUGUGGGCUGUAUGAUGAGAUGUUGCCCCGAGCGAUUGCCUUCUGUGCGGGAGCUCAUCGGGCCUGGAAAAUUUUCAUUCUUAGCAGUAGAGAGAUUGUCAUAUAGUGGCUCUAUAGAGGUAUACAGAGAGGCUUUAGCGGUAUAGACGAUGUCACAGGUCAGACCGAAGAGGAUUGCACAAUCGGCAGUCAAUACGCCAAUCACGACUCACCUGAAUUCGAGUGUGUCGUUGCAAGGGAAAGAGGCUGUUGAGAGGUUUCUAACGGCGUUUUUGGAUGACGAGGAGCAGAGACAAGUUGGACAGAAGGUGCUGAACUCGAAUAACACCAGUGUCAUUUCACAGCUGAAGAGAAUACAGAGGGACCUGAGAGGGCUUCCCUCAGAGGGCAGCAGCGUGAUGAGGGCCAGCACUCCAUCUGCCGGUACAGCUGUGAAUAGUAAGAAGCACAAGAGAUUUGACGAGGAGGAGGUGAGCGUUGGAGUGAAGGAGGAGGCCACGGAGGAGGCCAAGGAGGAGGUCCAAGAGGACGAGGAGGACAAGAUGGAUGUUGAUGAACCGGUAGAAGAGAACGUGGAGGAAGAGAAGAACGUGGAGGAAGAGAAGAGCGAGAAGAAGGAGAAGAAGGAGAAGAAGGAGAAAAAAGAAAAGAAAGAGAAGAAAGAAAAGAAGCACAAGAAGCACAAGAAGGAAUGA